AUGGCAGUCAUCGAUUUAUCAAACAGACCUACUAUUCAUCCCCAAGUUGCCAUUACACCCAGCGCCCCCGAGAAACUGGUGCAUUUGCAAAAGGAAAUUGAAUCUCAUUCCCAGGCUUACAGAAAUGGCAACGCCGAUGCGCGCCUGAAGCUGCUAGAGACAGCCCGGUCUCUCGUACAGGCAAUGGAAACACCACAGGAAACCAUGCUACGAUACUGCUGGGCCCAGCCCACAGCGUUCGCCGGCAUUGAAACCUGCAUCGAUCUGGGGAUCUUCUGCAUAUUAGCGCAGACUGACAAGCCUAAAACGGUAGCAGAGCUCGCAGCAAUAACAGACGCGGAACCCGAACUUCUCGGUCGUAUCAUGAAGCAUCUCGCCACAAUGGGGGUCUUUGUCGAAACUGGUAUGGAUGAGUAUGGCCGCAACGGGCUAACUACCACAUUGGCUAUUAAGCGGUACAAUGAUGCUUGGCCGUGCAUUAAUGGAUGCACCCUCCCAGCAAUCAAUGCGCUGCCCACCUGGCUCAAGAAAAACAAUUAUCGAAGUCCCACCGAAGGUACAGACUGUCCGUUUACCCUAGGAUUUAAAACCGAAUACCCCUUCUUCGAAUUCCUCAACGGCAAGAACCCCGACUAUCCCGAACUCGGCGCUCAAUUCAACAAUCUCAUGUCGGCCUACCACCAAGGUAGACCUAGCUGGAUGGAUGGAAACUUCUACCCAGUACAAACUCUCAUCGAGGGAGCAAAGACCGGCGAGGAAGACGUUUUCAUCGUGGACGUUGGGGGAAACAAAGGGCACGAUCUAGACGAGUUCGUAUCGAAGUGGCCAAACACACCAGGAAAAUUGAUCCUGCAAGACCAACCGCAUGUUUUGAAUGAUAUCAAGUCGUUGAACCCGGCAAUUAAGCCCAUGGCCCACAACUUCUACCAAGAACAGCCCAUCAAGGGCGCACGAGUAUAUUUCUUGCACUCCGUCCUGCACGACUGGAAUGACGAGAUAUGCCAGAAAAUCUUGUCACAAUUGGUCGCCGCCAUGACACCCGGAUACAGCAAGUUGCUGAUCAAUGAGAACGUUGUUCCCAAUACCGGGGCCCACUGGCAGGCUACUUCUCUGGACUUAAUAAUGAUGGUGGAUCUUGCUGCUAAGGAGCGGACUGAACAGCAGUGGCAUCAAAUUAUUGAGCCAGUUGGCCUCAAAAUUACUAAAAUUUGGACGCCGCUGGACAGUGUUGAGAGCUUGAUCGAAUGCGAGUUGGCCUGA